AUGACGAAUCGCAUGUACAAAGAAAGGGUUAAAUUACGUCUGUUCUGGGAACAAGAGCUACUUCGUCUGGAGCAACGAGAAAAGGGCACUACGCCCGCAAUGUCAGCUGUUCGGUUCCUACGUGAAAACGAAAUGUGCAAUGCCCAGAUACUGGAAGAACCAACUGAGCCACUGAAACCGAUGAGUCGCAGUGAAUUCACAGAACGAAAAAAUAAGUCUAUCAGUCAGAUGUACAAUAGGCACAAAAUGGAGGCCAGCUCGCUUUUUGGCCUACAGCGGGACAUGUGGUUGUGUGAGGCUCGCCGACGUGGUCUUGAAGUGACUCCCGAGUGCAUCAACGACUGUGUUCCGAUGGUAAAAGCUGAGAAAAUGGAUUUUCCCUACUCAUAA